UCUAACCACAUUUCAAUUUCAAUACUAGUAGUACACAAUAGCCGUUACACUUUUGUACUAUUUUGAGUCAUCAAAUUUUUUCAAACCCAAAAAUCUUUUCAUACUCCAACACUGUCGUCUCUUCACUGCUGUCCCACCUUUUCAAAUUUCAACACACUUCCCUUCUAAUCCAAAAAUUCCAAAUGGGUUGUUUUUUCAGCAAAGCCACAACCAAAAACCAAAACCCACAAAACCAUCAACCCUCACUCCCUAAAUCAACUCAAAACCAUCAUGAACAAACCCCACCACCAGAAGAAGAAUCUGUCAAAGAAGUCCUCUCUGAAACACCCAUUUCCAAACCCAAUCAAGUUCCAAUUUUCAUACCAGAAACAAAAACCCAAAUACCAUUACUUCAAAACCCAUAUGAGAAAUUCCAAAAUAAGAAUCACCAAGUUCCAAUUUUGAUACCAGAAACAAAGACCCAAUUACCCUUAGCUCAUAACCCAUCUCAGAAAUUUGAAACUAACAAGAGUCACCAAGUUCCAAUUUUGAUACCAGAAACAAAGACCCAAAUACCCUUAGCUCAAAACCCAUCUCAGAAAUUUGAAACUAAGGGUUCUAUAGAAGAAGUAACAGAGGAAGUUUCUCAGCUUUCAGAAACAACCACCGUCACUGAGAGCUUCUCAACUGCCACUACUGCAACCACCGCUACAGUUACAGAGAAGAGAGAAGAUGAAGCAACAAGCAAACAUUGCAGCAGAGGAGAAUCAACAGCGACUCAUCAUCACAAGUGGAAUCGAUCUCCAUCGAGGAAGCGUCCUCAUGUCGCCGCCGAUGGAAAUGUAGCUGGUGGGAAUGAACGGAGGGUGAAGUCACCAGCUAGAAGGUCAGAGCCGUCGCCGGAGAAGAAAAUGAAAAGUGGAUCGAGGUUAGUUCGUGGAAGAGAAUCUGGUCCUGUUGCUAAUCGGAAAAUCAAUGCAAGUUCUGCCGGAGUUCGUCGUGACUCCGGUGAGGGUUCUGGACGGAGAUCGAGGUCUCCGUCGUGUUCUAGAUCAGUUGGUGGGUCGAGUAAAGUUGGUAUUAGCGGUGGUCGGAAACAAGCUCCGGUGGCAGUGGAAAAUGGAAUGGAGAAGAAGAGUGAGAAUGAAGAGGUUGAAGAGAAAAACGACAUCGUUUCGCAGGGAGAGUCAAUUGAAAAUCCCCAUGUUUCUAUGGAGUGUUUUAUUUUUCUGUAGAGGGAAAAAACACGUUUGUGAAGCUUUUUUUGAAAUUUGGAAUUUAGCUUUUUCAUGUGGGGUUGCUUUCAUUUUCAAACAAAUUUUUCACACUUUUGA